AUGGUGCUCGGGUUUUGUGAUCGCAUCACGGUUCCCCCGUCGAUCAAUGAAUCACAGCGCUUUGGGUUCGUCGUCUGUGGAAUGUUCUGCGCCCUCGCGGCCGGUGCCAUCUAUGCCUUCUCGCUUAUAUCCGGCAAGAUGACGGACGACUACAAAUUCUCACAGAAUGACAUCACUACGGUCUCCACCGUUGGUAUUGUACUUGGCUACUUCACACUGCCCUUUGGGUUCAUCUACGACUACAUUGGGCCGAAGCCUAUCUUCGUGAUUGGCAUUGUUGCCUUUUCUCUUGGUGCCACGUUGUUCGCAUUGACGUUCCAAGACACCAUUGGUCACAGUGUGGCGAGCCUCUCAGUCAUCAACGCCAUCAUGAACAUCGGCUGCUCCAUGUUUGACAUGGGCGCCAUCCUGUCUAUCCUUAGUUGGUUCCCCAUUGACCGUGGCCUUCUGGUGGCUGCGACCAAGACAAUGACAGGACUGGCUGGCUCCGUGAUCGCGACGGUGUACAACACGUACUUCUCCGGCAAACACUCGGAGUACAUGUUUUUUCUCGUCAGCAUGGUCGCGGUGAUUGGUAUCGUCAGCUUCAUUUACAUCCAGAUCCCGCCGUUCCACAUGACUGGGUACCGCCUUAAGCACUACACGGAGGAAGAGUAUGCCCUUGCGCGCCGCGUGGAGCACAUGUACCUCGUGAAGAAGGCUCCCCGCCGACGUUUCCUGGUCCUGUUCGUAAUUGUCAUUGGCCUUCUCAUCGUAAUCACGACGCAGAGCAUAGUAUUUGUAUUUGAGGAUGAUGAGGUGCCGUUCUACAAGCGGAACCCGCCAGCAAUUGUCAUGAUUGUGCUGUACUUUUCGCUAAUUAUUGCGGUUCUACCACUGCCCUGGCUGGACGGCCCAACGAGGGAGGAGGAACCCAAUAGGGAACCUGUGGAGCUCAGCGGCAACAUGAGCGACGGUGACGGGAAUGCUGUUGUGGAUGCUGCGGAUGGGUCAAAGAAUGUGAACGAGGAGGAGCAGUUAUACCACAAUGACGACAGGAACUUCCCACAGUACCGCACCAGCUUCUUCCACAACGUGCUUCACAACAUUCCGCUGUGGUGCGUGUGGAUCAACGCUGUCAUCGUGUCGGGCGGUGUGCACAUUGUGGUGCUGAACAGCCGACAGCUGUACGUGGCCGUCUCUGAGAACACUGAGGAUGAGCAGCGCCCCAGCCUGUAUGUGGCGCUCACGAGCGUUGGUAAUGCCCUCGGCCGACUCGCUGUCAGCUUCUACGAGGCGUGGAACGCUAGCCGACCACUGGAGAAGCGUACCUCAAUCACUGUCACGUACUGUAUUCCGGCACUGUUGAUGUGUUUGUCUUGCAUAUUUUUCCUCAUUCUACCGGCGAAUGCGCUGAUCGUGCCGAUGCUGCUUGGUGGGCUGGCCAAUGGUUCUUACGCCGCUGCGCUCGUGCUGACUGUCCGGACAAUUUUCAGCAUUGAUGUGGCGAAGCAUUACAACAGCAUCUUCUUCUUUGAUCUCGCCGGUGUUAUAUUCUUUAACCGCCUUCUCUUUGGUGAAAUCAUGACGAGGAAUUCUGUCAUUGGCCCGGAGGGGCAGCCGCAAUGCUUGGGCCGUGAUAAGUGCCUGCGGACGACGUUUAUUGUAAUGGCCUGCCUUUCGGCGUUCGCCUUCGUGGCGAGUCUGACAAUGCACAUUGUGUACAUGCGCUUUGUCCGCGAUAAGUGGGCUGAGAAUUCGGGGCAGAGGGAUGAGGAGCAGGUGGAGACUCAGCUGGAACUUAUAGAUUGA